CGGCGCUUCCCCAGCAGCCCUUAAAAGGCGGCUCAAUUCGCACGUGAAAUCUCUACAGCACCACUUCGCUGAGCCGCCGCCGUCUUCGCUGGGCUUUAAUCCUCCACGUUGCUCCAAGCCGGUCCUGACUAACGGGAAGAAGAUGAAGCUGCUGCUCGUCGCUUUGCUGGGGCUCGUGGCGGCGGUCUCUGUGGCCGUGGCCUCGCCAUUCCUCGACCCGGAGCUGUCGUCCGAGUGGGAGUCCUGGAAGGAGUUCCACGGCAAGACAUACGACCAGAAGGAGGAGGGCUGGAGGAGGAUGAUUUGGGAGAAGAACCUCAAGAAGAUCGCAGUGCACAACCUGGAGCACUCCAUGGGCAAGCACACCUGGCGCAUGGGCAUGAACCAAUUCAGUGACAUGACAAAAGAGGAGUUCCAGAAAACCAUGCUGGGCCUCAGGGGCUCGAACAACACCAGCAAGGCCUCCCGCGGCGCCACGUUCAUGGCGCCCGCCUUCUUCGAGGCUCCCGAGUCCGUCGACUGGAGGAAGCAGGGCUACGUCACCGACGUCAAGAACCAGGGCGACUGCGGCUCUUGCUGGGCGUUCAGCGCCACCGGCUCCCUCGAGGGGCAGCACAAGCGCAAGACUGGAGUGCUCGUGUCGCUGAGCGAGCAGAACCUGGUGGACUGUUCUCGUGACGAGGGCAAUAACGGCUGCGGUGGAGGACUCAUGGACCAGGCCUUUACCUACAUCAAGAAGAAUGAUGGUAUCGACUCUGAGGCGUCGUACGCGUACACGGCAAAGGAUGGGGUUUGCAAGUACAACCCCAAGAACAAGGCUGCCGAGGACACCGGCUUCAUGGACAUCCCCAACGGGAACGAGGGGGCCCUCAAGAACGCCGUGGCUUCCGUCGGCCCCGUGUCGGUCGGCAUCGACGCCAGCCUCGAAUCCUUCCAGUUGUACAGCUCCGGCAUUUACAGUGACAGCGAUUGCUCCGACAACCUUGAUCAUGGCGUGUUGGUUGUGGGCUAUGGUGUGGAUGAUGAUGAACGUAAAUUCUGGAUCGUCAAGAACAGCUGGGGAACGAAGUGGGGAGAUAAUGGAUAUAUCCUUAUGGCACGUGAUAAGGACAACCUGUGUGGCAUUGCCACUGCUGCAAGCUAUCCCCUGGUGUAAUAACCACCUGUCUCUGCACAUGCAUGCACACUGGCACACAUACUUGUGUGCAAGCAUACACAUGACUGUUAGUGUUUGUUCAACUCUUUUACAAGAAUUAAGUUUUUAGUUUUAUCCACUCUUUAUUAUGUUAAGCCACUGGCUUUUUAUGUCAAUGCAACAAGUGUUGGUGAUUACUACCAACUUCAAUGCAAGGUCUACUGUCUAAAAUAUAGUGUUGAUAUGAUUGGAAUGGUGCUAAUAUCUUAAAAUUGCCUCUUUUUUUAAUGAAUCUACCUCCCUUGGACCAGAAACACUUGAAGCGAGUGCAAUUGUGUUUUUUGAGGUUGUAUUAGCAUGUUGCCAAAACAUGGCCAGUUUUGUUUGAUCUUAAAUAAAAAAAUGUUUUAAAAAAAUUA